ACAGCAUCUCACACGUCACAGCAGAUAUUGUAACUGAACCCUCGUUCAUCAUUAUCACUUCCUUUCCUUUCAGCUGUGCAGGUGGACGCAUCCAACGCGUUCGCGGGAAUGAAAAAGAACGUUUGGGCUUAUAUUUGACAAAUAGGAAAAGAGAUUAAUGAAAUGAACAGUGAUACUGAGUAGAGUUUCUGCGACCAUCUGGAAGAGUCCCAGUUUCCCAGUGACCAUGAACGCAACCGAUUCGCCAUUUGCAAACCACACAAACAGUUGUGAGCCGUCUUACGAUGAAGAAAACCCACUUCCACUUGUGGCUCUCUACAGUAUAGUCGUCACAGUAGGUCUGCCUGCUAACCUGAUCACAGUCAUCCUCACGUUUCUCGAAGUGUGUCGGAAGAACGUUCUUGGAAUCUACCUCUUCAGCCUGUCAGUAUGUGACCUGAUGUAUCUAGGUACACUUCCGCUCUGGGCCAUUUACAUCAACAGAGGCCAUCACUGGGAAUGGGGCUCUCUGGCCUGUAAAGUCACCGGCUAUGUGUUCUUCAACAACAUGUACAUCAGUAUCUUCUUGAUGUGCUGCAUUUCCAUGGACCGCUUUGUCGGGGUGGUCUACGCCGUGGAGUCUCGAGGUGUGAGAAAGAUGAGGCAUGCCGUGAUCAUCACUGUUGUGAUUGUGGUAGUCGUUGCUGUGGGACACUUGCCGGUUUUCAUCAUGAAAGAGGGCAACUCGGAGAAAAUGGAGGACAAGCGGUGCUUCGAGCCAAGCAACCCCUCUGAUGUGGUGACGGGACUCAACUAUGCCCGCUUCUUCAUCGGUUUCUUCAUCCCGCUGUGCAUUUUAAUAGUCACCAACUUGGCCAUCCUUGUUAACGUGCAAGCUAGCACGGGCCUGAAGCUACGAACCAAAGUCAAAGUUCGUAACCUGGCCAUGGCUGUCGUCUUGUUCUUUCUGAUCUGCUUCACGCCGUACCAUGUGAUCCUUUUGCUACGCGCCAUCAGUUAUCACUUUUCGAAGGAGAAAUGUGACUUUGAAAGAAGUGUCUAUGCACCCUAUACGAUCUCUCUGGGUUUGUCUACCAUCAACAGUGCCUUAAAUCCAGUUUUCUAUGUACUUACCAGCAACAGUGCUCAUACGAGGAUCCACAAAGGCCUGCAAGGGUUACGCAGCAGCUCAAGAUCUUCUUCUUUAGCGUGAAUUUUUUUUCCAUUUUCUCAGUUGGGACUUUGUCAUUUUCAUAUAAACUGUUUAACAUUGUAAUGUUCAGAAUUUAAAUAUGAAAUGUACCUGUUAUAUUUGUUAUAUUAAAAUGAAUCAUCCAUA